AUGGCAUCACGAAACAACUCUUCUUCCUCAACUAAGACGACCAUUUCCCGAACACUUGUUGACGAGGUAACAGAAUCUGCUCAGGGGGAAGGUCGGUUCGGGUCGAUUCUUGGUCGGUUCUGGUCGAUUUUGGUCGGUUCUAGGGGGAAGGUCGGUUCUUGGUCGGUUCGGGUCGAUUCCUGGUCGGUUCUUGUCAUUUUGUACAACACAGAUGAACUUCCUGGGAUUGGACAGCUAAGGAUGAUCAUGGAUCCUAUGAAGGAGUACUUCCCAGUGAAAGUGACUAUGAAGUCAAAGAUCGAGGCCCUGGAGGUAAUAAGGCAGAAUCUAGACCCUGAAACCAAAAUGCCAAUUUUUAAGGAAUCUGCCUUUGGACAUUUGAUUUCGAUGUCUGAAAGUAUGAUCUAUUUUGGAGUGUUGACACACUAUCUGCUUUUGAGGCAGAUAGAAAUAGAAAAGAAAUAUGAGUUGUGGUUCAUGGUUAAUGGAAAACCAACUAGGUUCGGAAUGAGAGAAUUUGCUUUAAUCACUGGAUUGAACUGCGGGAAAAUCCCAGAGUCGUACGUGGUGUUGAAAGCUUCGAAUAAUAUAAGAUUGUUAGAGUAUUUUAAGGCCCACGUAGUACUUGUUGCUGAUUUAAAGAAAUUGUUCACAAAGAACAAGAUAAAAGGUAGCGAUAAAGCAAAGAUCGCUAUCAUUUACUUUUUAGCACAAGUAUUACUAUCUGAAGACGAGAAGAAGACCGUCCCACUGGAUUGGCUGUCUUACGUCGACGAUUUAGAAUUCUUUAAUAGCUAUCCAUGGGACAGGGUGUCUUUUGAAUGCACUCUGCGGUCUUUGAAGAAGAACUUGAAAGAGAAAUUUCAGAAAUGGGUUUGGGCAAUCAAAACUUUUCCAACCAUCGGCGCCACGUUUGCAAAGAUGAUUGAUGGACGUCUUCCUAGAAUCCUCAAAUGGGAGGCACGCCGGGUUUCAUUGGUUGAGGUUAGACAGAUAGACGACCUCAUGCAAAGUGGCGAGGAAAUGAAUAGUAUGUGCAUGAGAUUGUAUCUACCUUAUGCCGACCAAGAAGAUGCAGAGAUUGAUGAGGUUGUAUCAUUUUUGGACCCUAGUGCAAGAAUGGUCCAUGUCCAGCAACCGAAGCCUCCCAAACAAUUGGCUCGUCUCCAACAACUUUCCCAACAACAACAGAUGGUAGAGUACAAUGGUAGACAUUUUGAAGUCAUCAACAAGAGGUUAGACUCGCUAGACCAAUCUGUUAGAGAAAUAAAGGACACUAUAGCAUGUCUAGCAAAACAACAAUUACAGCCACAGCCAGAGCCUGAGGCACAACUUGAGCCACAAGUUCAGCCAGAGCAUGAGGCACAACUUGAGCCACAGGUUCAUUCAGAGCUAGAGUCUGAAUCCAAAUGA